UCGAUAUUUAAUUGAACAAAAGCAACAAUGGCACCCAAACUUCGCGUCCUCCACAUUGGCGACAACAUCAAGUACAACCACGACAUAUACAAGCGCUUCGCCUCUGAAUUCGAGAUUAUCCAGCCUACCGCCGCUGAGCGCGAGAGAGAUGAAUUCAUUCGUGCACUGAAGGAACGUCGCUGGGGCGACUUCCAUGCCAUCUUCCGCCCAUUCUGGAACACCGGUGGUGAAAUGGGACGAUGGGAUUCCGAGUUGAUUCCAUUGCUGCCCUCGUCGGUGAAGAUCAUGGCAUCUGCGGGUGCUGGCUACGACUGGGCGGAUGUGGAUGUUUUCGCAAAGCAUGGCAUUAUCUACUGCAACGGUGCUGCCGCAUCAUCAGAGUCCGUCGCCGACAUGUCUCUCUACCUGAUCCUUUCUGUCUUCCGAAACUUCGCCUGGUCUCACCAGGCCGCACACUCAAUGAACCCUCAGCUCUUCCUCGACGCACACAAGAACUCUCCCCUGACAGCGCUGAACCCCCGGAACCGCACAUUGGGCAUCAUUGGAAUGGGUCAGAUCGGAUUCAUGAUCGCCAGAAAAGCCUACGCCGCCUUCGGAAUGAAGAUCCAAUACAACGAUCUCUUCCGCAAGAGCCCCGAGCAGGAAAAGUCCGUCGAAGCUACCUACUUUGCCAACCUGGACGACCUGCUGGCGAACUCGGACUGCAUCAUCGUCGCAACCCCAUUCGCGGGUGAGACUCUCAUCACCACGGAGCGACUGCAGAAGUUCAAGAAGGGAUCGAGAUUCAUCAACAUUGCUCGUGGAUCGCUGGUCGACGAGGAAGCCCUCAUCCAGAGUCUGGACAGUGGACACCUCACCGCAGCCGGACUGGAUGUGCAUGCAGCAGAGCCGUACGUGCACCCCCGACUGGCGAAGCAUCCUCGUGUGAUGAUGAUGUCGCACAAUGCCGGUGGAACCGUCGACACACACGUGGGCUUUGAAUCGCUGGCAAUGGAGAACAUCGAGGAGUUUUUGCUGCGAGGAAAGGCCAAGACACCCGUCAACCUGCACAUGAUCAAGCAGUCGAAGCUGUGAUCUGUUCAAUUGUAAAUUAUGAGCUUGAUAAAACAUGACAAUAAUGAAUCAAUCAUG